AUGGAACAGCCGUCUAUGCCCCUAUGGCUCAGCACCUUCGAGGAAGAUAUUGAUACCUACAUUUUCAUUUCCUCAAGGGACAACAAACUCUAUCUAGGAAUACUGAGAACGUACGAUCAACAUGGAAACAUAUUUCUAACGCACUGUGUGGAGAAAAUAAUAGUCCCCGAGAGGAACUACUUUUCGGACGUCUACGUUGGAAACCUCAUCAUCAGGGGUGACAACAUUGCCUACUUCGGCUCCGUGGACGAGGACAAAUACGCAAAGAUGUUUGACUACUCACAGCAAAAUAAGGAUGGAAAUGAACCGGAGGAUACUUUAGAAGGCGAUUUACCAAAGGGCCAAAAAUCCCUGCCCCCCGAAAAUGUCGUUCUACAGUACAAACCGAUAAAUCAAAUUCUGAGCUACCUCCCAGAUGGUAAUCAGGACUUCGCCGUUUUUGAGAAUUAA